AUUAUGAGUCAGUUACCAGACAUAAGCGAAACAAUAACAGUUGGUGGGUUACUUUCUGUUCAAAAGCUUCACAGGCAAGUUGAGUCUUUAGCGCGUUUUAGCGCAUCAAGCUCUCGAGCACAUCGGGGGUUUCGUGAGAGGAGCUCAACGCGCUCCACUUUUAAUCAGAUUAGGAGCCUUUCUGUUCAAUCCUUUUCUCCCUUCCCUACAGUAGCGGUGCAGGAGUGGCCAAAGCCAAAAGCAGCGAUUCAGAUCAGAUUUCACCUAAACCAGCUGGGAGAGAGACCGAGAGAGAGAGAGCAGAGAGAGGGUUUGUCAGUCUCCCUCCUCCCAAAUCCAGAAAAUCUUACCAAGGAAAAAAGGAGGAGUGUCGGGGGUGAGAGAGAGGCGCAGAGGAAUCCUGAGGAAUUUCCGAGGAUAUUUUCCCCCUUCUUCUUUUCUCCCUCCUCCUUUCUUGAAAAUCUGAUAUUACAAUUUAAAAGUUGGAGGAGAGGCAGCGGGGACCGUGGUCAAGGAUGGACGAGCAGCCGCGGUUGAUGCACUCCCAUGGGGUAGGCAUGGCCGGACACCCCGGCCUGGCGCAGCAUAUGCAGGAUGGCACCGCGGGGACGGACGGUGAGGGAAGAAAGCAGGACAUCGGAGACAUAUUACAGCAAAUAAUGACCAUCACAGACCAAAGCUUGGACGAAGCGCAGGCGAGGAAACAUGCACUGAACUGCCACAGAAUGAAACCUGCUCUCUUCAACGUCUUGUGUGAAAUAAAGGAGAAAACAGUGCUUAGUAUCCGUGGUGCCCAGGAGGAGGAGCCUCCAGAUCCUCAGCUAAUGCGCCUGGACAAUAUGCUGCUGGCGGAGGGCGUGGCCGGCCCAGAGAAAGGCGGUGGGUCGGCAGCUGCAGCAGCUGCAGCAGCGGCCGCGGGCGGCGUCGGAGCAGACAACUCUGCGGAACACUCUGACUACCGAGCCAAGCUGACCCAGAUCAGACAGAUUUACCACACGGAGCUGGAGAAGUAUGAACAGGCGUGCAAUGAGUUCACCACCCAUGUGAUGAACCUGCUGAGGGAGCAGUCUCGAACACGACCCAUCUCGCCCAAAGAGAUCGAGCGCAUGGUCAGCAUCAUCCACCGCAAGUUCAGCUCUAUCCAGAUGCAGCUAAAGCAGAGCACCUGUGAGGCCGUCAUGAUCCUGCGCUCACGCUUCCUCGACGCCAGACGAAAGAGAAGGAACUUCAAUAAACAGGCGACAGAGAUCCUCAACGAGUACUUUUACUCCCACCUCAGUAACCCUUAUCCCAGCGAGGAGGCCAAAGAAGAGCUGGCCAAGAAGUGCAGCAUCACAGUGUCACAGGUAUCAAACUGGUUUGGGAACAAGAGAAUCCGAUACAAGAAAAACAUCGGCAAGUUCCAAGAAGAGGCAAACAUGUACGCAGCGAGGACCGCGGUCAGCGCCACCAGUGUGUCUGCUCACGGAAGCCAGGCGAACUCGCCGUCAACACCCAAUUCAGCAGGUUCUGCUGGCUCUUUUAACAUGUCAAACUCCGGAGACUUGUUCAUGAGUGUGCAGUCCCUCAAUGGGGACUCGUACCAAGGGGGGCAGGUUGGGGCCAACAUACAAUCCCAGGUGGAUACCCUUCGCCAUGUUAUCAGCCAGACCGGAGGAUAUAGUGACAGCCUCGCAGCCAGCCAGAUGUACAGUCCACAGGGCAUCAACGUAAGACCUACAAACGGUGGCUGGCAAGAUGCUCCGACUCCUUCGUCAGUGACAUCGCCCACAGAAGGACCCGGGAGUGUUCAUUCGGAUACUUCCAACUGAAUACAUCCAUCUCCACAACCUCAUCGACACAUGAAAACAUGGACUGACCUUCCUAUUCACAGUAUUAAACAAAGGAGUUUACUGACCCACAGUUUGGAAAGGUACUGUGAAAUCCUAACUAGAAAAAAACAACAACAUUUUCCUCUGAGAAUCACAUUGGACAUUUGGGAUACAAACACAAAGUUUCACAAUAAAACUCCAGAAAAAUACCGCAAUCAAUGAAGACGUUUGUACAGAUUUCACAUUAUAUUCAGAGGGCUGGGGUUACUUCUUCGCUCAUAAUGUUUUCACUCAUAAUGUUGAAAUGUUAUGAUAAAGUAAAUAGAUCCAGUCAUUGGUUUUAACUGAAAAUACUUCAUUCUACCUCUCAGCCACUAAAAAAAGUAGAAAAAAUGUCAGUGACCAUUAUUUCUUUUGUAAAAAUGAAACUUUUGUCUUUGCAAGCAGGAGGCACAUCUUCUUACUUACAUUUUGUUGUCUCUCACCUAUUCUAUGGUACGCCAUUUAGACUUAAAUAUUGCUCAGUUGUUUACAAAUGUGUGCUUGAUAAAAGUAUGUUCAUCUUCCCCGCUGUCUCCGACAAGUCAAAACAGAAGAGAUUUGACCUCUAAGGUAACCCUGUGAAGUAUGUUAUCUGUAAAAACAAUAAAGAAAUACUUGUCAUCAGA